AUGCAACAAUCUAUUGGUUCUUAUUUGGUUAGUGAUGAUGAAUCUAUUCAUUUACGAAUAUGUUUAUUAAUUGAAAUAUCAACAUAUGAAAAAGUAUUAGAAAUGCAAAUACAAAUAUCGAAUAGAAAUGCAACUAUCGGAGAUCUUCUUCAAUUACCGGAACUGAAACAUGAUUCAUACAAAUAUUUGGCCUCAAGUAAAACACAACAAGUGAUAUCGAAUAACGAAAAACUUUCAAAUUUAAAUGAAAGAAAAUUUAUUUUUGUCAAAGAGAGUGAAACAUGUGUUGUUUCAAUUGGAACAUCAAAUGAAUCACAAAGUACGAAAACUACCGCAGGAAAUGUAGCAUAUCAACAAUUAUUAGUCUAUACAACACUUGCUGCUGUCUACAAACAGAACAACAUUGACGAUAAAUACCAACAUCUUUUAUGUGCGAAUGAUUUUGUUCCAUCAAUGGCAACUAAACUAAAUCCUUUACAAGAAAAUUCAACUAUUCGAUUUACCCUAAUUAAUGGCAAUUUACCAGUUACAGUGCAAGUGUCUACAAUUUUGAAUAAUGAAAAAUAUUCAAUAGAAUUUCAUUGUCUCCAUGAAAUCACAAUUGAACGUAUAUGUCAAAUUGCAUGUAAAUUGUUAAAUGUGAAGAAUGAAUUGUAUCAAUUGACGAUGGAUGAUGUUAUUUUGGAUGAUAAUGAAAUGUCACUGGAUGCGAUCGAUUCCGAUUCAACCAAUAUUCAAUUGCAUUUAGUUUGCAAGGCUGUUAUAAGUUGUUUAAUAACAUAUGAAAAUAAUACAAUUACAUUACCGUGUAAUAAAGGAACACUUGUUUCAAUCGUAUUAGACGAAGCUUGUUCAGCAUUUUGUAUUGUAAAAGAAGAUACUUACGUCUAUGAAUUAUAUGCAUUGGAUGCUGAUCAAAUACGAAUUGACUCGUCUAUGACCGUCGAUGAUAUAUGUGGCUUGUUUUCUGAAAAACAAACAACAAUACCAUUGUUAAUGACAAAGAAAAGAAUACUGAAGAAACACUGUAAACAAUAA